AUGGUUGCGCCCGCUGUUCCUGAGAUCCAUGAGGAGGAGGAUAUCUACCUCGCAGUCGAUGCGCGCACAGAGUCCUUGCAGACCUUGCGAGAACUAGGCCCCCCAGAUCUGGCCUAUUUGGUCAAACAACCCAAGGCCAAUUCGACCCGCCAGACCGGUCUUUAUCAUCAUGUCACCGGAAUUGAUGCCUCCUCAUCCGCCAGCUUAGCUGCCUACGUCAACACCCUCACAUUCUCUCCCCUCGAUAAGACACAUAAAGUGGUAUCCGGAAUUUACUGCUGCUACAAUGCAUUCUCCCACCUCGAUAUGCGCGUUGAAGUGAAAAUCCCCGGAAGCUUGGAGAGCUACUGCAUUGACGAAAGGGGCGACAAGCGCGUGGCCACCGAUGCUCUCUGGCUGGAGACUUUCCUUUGCGCCGUUCUGAGAGCCUACCUUUAUGCGGACGAUGGAACUGGUGAUGCCGUCAAGAAGAUUGUUGGAGUCAGACGAUUCAACCCUGUGACUAACACAGAGAUGGAGCACAAGUUCUUGGAUGCCGCCGAAAAGCUGUUCUUCCUCGGACGCCAGUUGAGCUCUGACCCCGAAACACAAGUCCCCAACACCGUGAGCAAUCACCUUACCUCCGGAAUUCUCAAGUACAUCCAUACCACGGGCCGCUACACAUCUGGAAUCAACCUCUUUGAGAAACUUCGGACCCGGGAUGUGGAAGUCUCCUCGCUCCUGGCCCGCGUUCAGAUGAUGGCCGACGAGGAGGUGCAAGCCGUGCGCUUGAUGUACGAUGCUCUGCAAGACGUGCCGAUGGAUUACGCUUUACUGGAUUGCCAGGCGGAGUUCUGCCAAAACAAAGGCGAGGGCGAGAUGGCUCUUGAAUGCGCCAAGCGCGCGGUGACUGCUGCCCCCAGUGAAUUCAGCACAUGGGCUCGCCUCGCGGAGGUCUAUGUCAGCAUGGAAAAGUGGGAUCUGGCGCUUCUGACCCUCAACUCUUGUCCUAUGUUCACAUACCAAGAUAAAGAUACCCCUCGUAUGCCGCAACCAUCGCGAAUCAUGCUUCCCAUCCUUGCUGAAAGCAUACUGGACGAAAUCGACGAAGGCCAGCCCAAGCAGGGAGAUCCCCACGACUACGUCCAUCCUUCUCUGCGCAAGAUCCACGCCGCCAACUACCAGGGCACCUUCCUGAAGGCCUACAACCUGCUGACCAAGAUCGCGGCGGCCAUCGGAUGGGAUCAAUUACUCAAGGCCCGUAGUGAGGUAUUUGUCAUGGAAGAGGAGUACCGAGUCGAGCGUCAGCACGUGUCCAAGCCCUCUCACUCAGGAGACGGGGAGACGAAUGGAAAGAGCUCCGAGGACGACUCUGGCUCGGUGAACGGCCCUAAUGGGGAUGCAACAGGGAGCCACACUCAGAGUCCCCUUGAACGCCCCGAGCAGACAGUGGCCUCCGAGGUUGUGAAGUCCGGGAAUGAAGACCCCGAUCCAUCGCACAGCGCAUAUACCCAAUUCCAAAACAAGCGUCUCUGUGAGAGAUGGCUGGACAACCUCUUCAUGGUCCUCUACGAGGAUCUCCGUAUCUACACUAUCUGGAGAACCGAGAUGGCCCAGUUCCGCCAGCAGGCGAUGGAGUACAAGAAGUCCGCAACGGAGUGGGAGAUCCUCGGUGAACUCGCCCAGCGACUCCACCACUUCGACGAGAGUGUCGAGGCGUACCAAAGCUGCCUCGCUACUCGCUUCUCGCCCAAAGCCAUGCGCGGCGUUCUGAAGCUCUACGAGCAGCGCAAUGAUACCCGGGCCAUGCUCGGCGCUUUGAUUCGUCUGAUCGCCUGGCAGUACCGCUGGUACUCGGAGUUCUCCCCCGAGCUGCUGUUCAUGGUUCGUAAGCUCAUUGAAGACGAGGGUGCCGUCAAGGUCCGCAGCAUUGUUCAAGCGACCAACUUGCCUCAGGCUGUCUUGGAUCUCACGCAUCAGUACUGCCAGCUGUGUGCGACCUUCCGCAGCAGCGGAAGUGAUACUUAA